UUAGGGAGUGUGUAGUGUGCGGACUCUUAUUUAUAGGUACAUUGCAUAAUCUAAUCAGCUGGCGAUUCGUUGUUAAGACGUGAACUCACAGAUCUAUUAAUAAUCAUACAAAUAACAUUAACCGUGUGUUUUCGUCACAUGGACCGUUGGAAAGGAAAGGUAGCCGUUGUAACGGGUGCAAGUUCAGGAAUCGGACAUGCGAUAACUAAGUCUUUAGUAGAAAAAGGUCUAUUGGUGGUUGGAUUGGCGCGCCGCAAAGAAAAGGUGGAUGAAUUAAGUAAUGAGUUACGAAAUGCACCUGGGAAACUAUAUGGUGUGCGUGCCGAUGUUACUAACGAAACAGAUAUAAUCGACGCUUUUAACUGGAUAAAAGAUAAUGUUGGCAUUGUUCACAUAUUAAUAAAUAACGCCGGUAUAUUGAGAAUGACGAAUCUGAUAGAAGGUCAAACAGCACUAUGGCAAAAUAUGAUCGACACCAACGUGCUUGGGUUGUGUAUUGCUACCAGGGAAGCUGUGAAGCAGAUGCGUGCCCAUAAUGUAGAUGGCCAUAUAGUUCACAUAAACAGUAUCUCUGGGCACAAAGUCGUGUAUCAUCCCCUCAUGAAUUUAUAUCCAGCCACAAAACAUGCGGUGACGGCUUUAACCGAAACUUUGCGACAAGAAUUGAAUUCCUUGCGAAGUAGAAUAAAGAUUAGCAGUGUCAGCCCAGGAUUCGUCGAAACCAACAUUGGCGCAGCUGCAGCCGUUGGUAGCGGAAAUCCCGAACGAACUACUGAAAUGGAAAACGCCAUUAGAUGCGAUGCUGCUUUGCAACCUUCGGAUGUUGCAGAUGCAGUGAUGUAUGUCUUGUCUACUCCGGCGCAUGUACAGGUUCAUGAAUUGAUGCUAAAACCUCUACAUGAAACAUUUUGACGCCUGAGAAAUAGCAUAUUUACGUCUGGAGGUUUGACAUUAUUUACUAAAGUGUUCUUCAUUGUAUGGAAAUACGAGUAAAUAAACAAAAUAAAUCGUAAUGCUUCA